AAUCUUAAUGUGUAUCAUUUACCUUAUACUUACGUUAUUGGAUUCAGCACAUAUUUCAGAUUUAGAUUUAAAAAUUGUGUUAAUAGAUAUACGCAAAUGAAAAGAAACGGGAGCAAUAGGAAUGAUAUUUAUAUUACGUGUAAAUCCAAUUUCAAGACUCAACUGAAAAACUGCGAAGAGCUCCUUAAUUCUGGAACAGAAGUUAUUUACUUGCAUUGUUUGGGACAAGCAAUCAGUAAAGGGCUGAAUUUGUCGUUAAAUUUGGUCAACACAUUCAAGGGAUUUUCAUAUUCUAUCAAUACUUCGACAAUACAAAGUAUAGAUGAAAUCCAUCCAUUUUGCAACGAUGAUGAUAUAAAAAUGUGUUGUCACAACAGUUCUGGUGUACAUAUAAAAAUUUUCAUGAAAGAUCGUAGAAAUGUUUAAAUUAAUCGAAUUAGUUUGUUGGCUUGGAAUAACAGAAUUUGAAAUGCUGUUAAAUUUGUGCGGGGCUUUGGCAUUUACCAUAAUGUUAGCGCUUAAAACGGCAUACUUUGAGAAACUAGACUACGAUUGGUUUAUUGUAUUUCGCCCAUUAUUUUGUGUAGAUAUAUGCAACGGUUAUUUCUGUAUUAUUGUAGGUAUAAGAAUGUAUAUUGACUCUGACAACAAACGGAAAGCAAUUCAUCGAUUAAUGUGGAGCACGUAUUUUUUGAUCCUAGCUUCAAUUUUUAAAUACUUGUUAUGCCUAAAACUUUCAAGCCAAACCGGCCUUGAAUACAGCGAAGUUUUCUCUCCCUUAUUUGUACUUCUACAACUAGUAGCCGUUCGAGCUUGUCAGUUACCUAAUUCAAUUUAAAUUUAAAACAAAAAAAAAAAAACAACACAUUCGAAAAAAUAUAUAAUU